AUGUAUUGCUGUGAAUCGCGAACUGUCAACGACAGAAGAGCAUUCAGUGUGCAUGCAACGGAUGUAGAUGUUGGCGCCAACGCCCAAGUUGAGUACCGUUUCAGUCUACUCACGAAGAGUGAAUAUCGUCGCUUGUUCUCCAUUGAACCAUCCACCGGAUGGAUUCGAGUUCAAUGGGAGAUUGACUAUGAAACGUACAGAACAGUGAGUUGGAUUAACAUUCAGUGUAAUUUUUACACAAUUUAUGCCAUUAAAGAAUUGAAUAUCAUGAGGAUAUGA